GUCCAUCAUGGGUCCCACUCUUCAAACUGCUCCCCCCUUUUGCUUUCUGCUCAUAGAGAAGCCAAGGGACAAGAGUAGAAACAGGGUGUAAAGACGGGCCUUGCAGGGCUCAAGGGGGACACAUCCAAAGCCAGCUGGUCUGGCUUUGAAGGAACUCAAUGGACGGAAAAACACAAAAGCAGCAAAAGGCAGAAGAAAGGUUGUAAAAAGGAAGAAGGAAGGUUGUAAAGCAAACUGAAGGAGGAGAUAAAGAAAGUCAAGCAAGAGGAAAGGUGAACGUUAGAGCAGCUGGUUCUGUGAAGGUGUUUGUGGUAAGACAGAUUGUGGUGAAGUCUGCUCAAGAGCAAAGAGUGUGCUGAGAAGAGUGAAAGAAAGUGCAUGCCAAAAAAGACUGUCGCACAAUGUACUAGAGGAGUGGGGGAAGAAAGUGUGCUGUUUUGAUCUCGCUGACGUGUCUGAAUACCAGAAAGGACACAGCCAUGGGGCGGAAGAAGAUACAGAUUACCAGGAUUGUAGAUGAGAGGAACAGACAGGUUACCUUCACAAAGAGGAAAUUCGGUUUGAUGAAAAAGGCCUACGAGCUGAGCGUACUGUGCGACUGUGAGAUAGCCCUCAUCAUUUUCAACAGCUCUAACAAACUGUUCCAGUAUGCCAGCACAGACAUGGACAAAGUGUUGCUAAAAUACACAGAGUACAACGAGCCCCAUGAGAGCAGAACCAACUCUGACAUUGUGGAGAAAUUGAGAAACAAGGGCCAUAAUGACUGUGCUAGUCCUGAUCCCGAUGACUGUUUUGGGCACAGCCCCCUCAUGGAUGACCAUUACGGCAAACUAGGCGGAGACAGUGAUUUAUUGUACAAGCGCUGCGGUGCGCUAAACAAGAAAGAACACAGAGGUUGUGAUAGCCCGGACCCCGAUGCCUCAUAUGUCCUCACUCCUCACACAGAAGAAAAGUAUAAAAAAAUUAAUGAGGAGUUUGAUAAUAUGAUGAGAAAUCAUAAAAUCCCCACAGCAUUGCCUCAGCAGAACUUCUCCAUGCAUGUGGCAGUGCCAGUGUCCAAUCCUAAUGCCAUGUACCAGGCGGGAGGGAAUCUGAGCAGCCAGACCCUGGCAGCAGCCACGGGCUCACUGAGUGAGAGUGGGAUGCUGUCCCCUCCGCAGGCCUCUCUGCACAGGAAUGUUGGCUCUGGUGGAAGCUCUCAGAGGCCCACAAGUGCAGGCAGUGCAGGGAAUGGUUUCGUUAACCCCAGGGGCUCGCCGGGCCUCCUCAGCACAGCCAGCGGCAACGGCCUGGGUAAAGUCAUGCCUACCAAGUCUCCGCCGCCUCCUGGAGGGAACAUGGGAAUGGGAAGCCGCAAACCUGACCUAAGGGUUGUCAUCCCUCCAUCAAGCAAAGGAAUGAUGCCCCCACUGUCGGAGGAGGAAGAAAUGGAUUUGAACACCCAGAGGAUAAACAGUUCUCAGUCCAACCAGCCGCUCGCCACUCCUGUUGUGUCUGUUACCACCCCCAGCUUACCCCCACAGGGCUUGGUCUACUCAGGCAUGCCCACCUCCUACAAUCCUGCUGAGUACCCGCUGAGCAGCGCAGAGAUCUCCUCCCUACAGGGCUUCAGCUCUCCCGGGCUCUCGCUGGGCUCCAUGUCGGCAUGGCAACAGCAUCAACUGGGCCAGGCAGCUCUUAAUUCUUUGGUCGGUGGAGGUCACCUACCUCAGGGCUCCAACCUAUCCAUCAGCACCAGCCAUAACAUAAACAUCAAGUCCGAACCCAUCUCACCACCCAGGGAGCGAGUCACCCCAUCUGGUUUCCCCCUGCAACAGCCACAGCAAGGGUCCAGCCGACAGGAGGUUCUGGGACGCUCACCCGCUGACAGCCUCAGCUCGUCUUGUAGCUCGUAUGAUGGCAGCGACCGUGAGGACCACCGGCCAGAUUUCCACUCCCCGCUAGGACUCGGAAGACCCCCUGCUGGUGCUGAAGACAGGGAGAACCCAUCGGUCAAGCGCUUGCGCAUGGACACGUGGGUGACAUAAGGAGGCCUGAUCCAGUCCUCAGUCACCAGCCAGACAGAGAGAGAGAGGGAGGGAUAAAAAAAGGAGCAAAGGUCCUUAGAGCUGUCAAUAUUAUACAAUUAUUCAAUCUACUUCAAUUUUUAAGACUGAAACGUAACAUUAUCAGGUGUCAGGACAUAUCUAAAUAAACUUUCAUUCAGUAAGGGUAAAAAAAGUAUCAGUAAGCUGGACUGAAUUAGUGCACAAGCAGGUGAUAUCAGGUACUUGGUGCAGUUCAGGUGGCAGCAGAGAAACGUUAAUAAGGUGGUAGAUUAUUGUAGUCACUCGUCUGGUCAGACACUUACAUGUAGUUGCUGUUUUGCUGUUGUGCUCGCAAGUUCGCAAACAAUCAGAAAAAACUGUGUUGCUUUCAGGCUAGGAAAACUAUAAUUACGUAAGAUAUCCACUGCAGGAACUAUCUGAAACAAUGCUGUAACCACACAAAAAAAAACCUUAGUCCAACGAGACUUCUUCUAAUUUAUUACUUUCAUUCAAAAGACACAAAGCACAAGGAGUCCAGCAACUUUAAUAUGACAAUAAACACACAUAACAUACAUGAAACAAUAAUGUGGAGAGGUAACAACAAUAGUCACUGCAAUAAACGAGUCAUUUUAUAAUUUCAAAAGGUGUAAGAUGUAGAAAUACAAAAUUAGGGCAAUGUACACCUAUCCAGUGGAGCUGCUAAAAACGUUCACCUUUGUGUUAACAGCCCGUCAGUAAAACAAGCCAAAGCUGAUUCUUUAGUUUUUGUUUUGUGCAGUUACAGUUCACUCAAAUGCAGCCUCGUUUUGUCACGUUUUUAUAUUUGACUUUUUAUUAAUAUUGUGCUUAUUUACAGUGUAAAAAAAAAAAAUCAAGUGAACCGAAUCUUGAAUCGAAAUCUAAAGCCAUGGACAUUUGUACAAAACUGAAAAAUUUGAGCCAAACCUCGUCUUUUGUUGUGUAAAUAUAGCGACUUUAAUAUAUUUUACAAGGGUGCGAGUACACGCUGUAUGCACCGCCGUUUUUCAAGAAAAGUAUAUUUUGCGGUUUACAGCCAAGUUUACAGGAGCGAACCCUUAAACAAAUGUUCACUGGUCAAUACUUUACAUUUUCUUUAGUCCCUUUUAAAUUGUUCAGUGUUCCUCCCACGUUCUUUUGUUAUGAACGGAUUUGUUUUGCUUCUGGUUAGCAGUGGUCGUCUAACUCGAAAACAUGGUUCAAAAAGGGCGGUGUGGUUAAAUUUUCACCGUAUUCUUUCGAACUAUAAGGCGCAUUAAGCGAAACUAAAACAUUUUGACAGAAUUUUGAGCGCCGUGUAC